UUGCAGUGAAGUUGGCUAGCAGCAUGACGCUUAGACUCUUGGCCGAAGUGAGCCCCCACGACUUGCUCGUAGGUCUUGCCGAGCUCCAAAACCACCUGCUCGGUUACGUUAAGUCCAUGGCGCUCAAGUGCGCCGUGGAUCUCGGCAUCCCCAACGCCAUCUACCGCCGCGGCGGUGCCGCCACCCUCGCCGAAAUCGCGACCGACACCGCGGUACAUCCGGCCAAGGUCCCUGACCUCCAGCGCGUGAUGGAACUGCUCAGCACUUCGGGCAUCUUCAGCGCCACCGCCGGGGAAGACAGCGGUGGCUUCGGUGUCGUCGUGUACGGGCUGACCACGGCAUCCCGCUUCCUCGUCGGCUGGCGCAACCUGUCCCCUAUGGUGCCGUUCUUGGUGAGCCCUGUCGUCGUCUCCUCCUUCUUCAGCAUGUGCGACUGGUUCAGGAGCGAGCCGGCGGCGGCCGGGUCCCUCUUCGAGCUGGCACACGGCUGCUCCCAGCGGGAUAUGGCGGGCAAGGAUGCCGCGCUGAAUAGCGCCCUGAACGACUACGUGGUCGCUGAUAGCCAGCUUUUCCUCGAGGUCAUUAUUUUGGACAAGGGCCGCAUCUUCCGCGGGCUGAGCUCGCUGAUCGACGUCGGUGGCGGCCAUGGCGCGGCCACACAGAUCAUCGCGAGGGCCUUCCCGCGCAUCAAGUGCACCGUGCUGGACCUUCCUCACGUGGUCGGCCAGGUCACCGCCUGUGAUGGCGAACUGCAUUUCAUUGCCGGCGACAUGUUUGAGUCUAUUCCACCUGCGGACGCUGUCUUACUCAAGAACAUUUUGCAUGAAUGGGGUGAUGAGGAUUGCGUCAAGAUACUUCAACGUUGCAAGGAAGCCAUCCCUAGUAGACAUGCUGGAGGAAAGGUUAUAAUCAUAGAUAUGGUGAGAGGAUCAGCAAAGGGAGAUAGCAAAAUCAGCGAGAUGGAAGCCAUACAGAACAUGUUCAUGAUGCAUGUCAACGGCAUGGAACGAGGCGAAAAUGAGUGGAAAAAGAUCUUUUCUGAUGCUGGAUUCAGUGCCGAUUACAAAAUCAUGCCAAUAUUGGGUCCCCUUUCAGUAAUUGAGAUCUACCCAUGAAUGCUCGG